AAAUAAAUUUGGUGGCUAAUAAUGUAAAAGGGGAGAAACCAGGGAAAUUUGGCGCCAAAACCCUAAAUUUUCAUCUAGCUCAAUGAUAUCUGUUUCUGUUCAUUACUUUCUUCAAAUUCGAGACUUGCAGAAAAACUGUUACUCGGUUGAGAUCACAUGGAGUCGGGUUCAGACAAGGGUACAGGCGGAUCCUCGGCAAUGGACGACUAUGAGACCUUGAUUUCCACCACAGAUGCAGAUCUCCUCAAACGUUCAUGGCGCAACGAGAAGGCAUCCCCAGAGAUCCUUCAAUUUGAGUCUUCUUUAGUUCAGAGGUCCAGAGAACAGAUUCAAUUGAUGGAAGAAACUGUGGAAGAGUUCAUGAACAAUGGCGAAGACCCACUUACGGUUUCCCUUUAUCAGAUGGAUAUAGACAGAACUAUGUUUUUGUUAAGAUCAUAUCUAAGGACUCGUCUUCAGAAGAUUGAGAAAUUCAUGUUUCACAUCCAAAAAACUGCUGAACUUUGGACAAGGCUGUCUAGGCAAGAACAAAAGUUUGCUAAACGAUCCAUUGAAGAUAUGAAACAACAUUUAGACGAAUCUGUAUUGUCUAAAUUGCCUGAUCGAUACAAGUCCCAUUUGAAACAAUCUGUUAUAAGUGAAGAAGAUGACAUGGUCAUGGAACCGAAGUUAGAUGCGUUUGUGAUUUGCAGAAGCAGGAAGUUUUUAGGUGGUCUUCCGGUUGAUGACAGUGGAGAAGAAAAUCCGCUAGACAUGUACGCAGGAGAUAUUUAUGCACUUCGUUACAAGUCGAUAAAACCACUAGUUGAAAGUGGCCAACUUGAUCUUGUUUGAGUUUUGUUUUUGUAUUUAUUUAGCUUAUGGAUGUUGUGUUUAGUGUAGUAUUCAGUAUUCACCUCUCAAAACAUUGUAUUAGGCAUUUAAAAUCACAAUGCAUCCCAUGUUUGUUAUCAAUCGUU